AUGUUUUACAAAGUUGGCGCCACAGACACCAUAGUGUCGGCAUGGCACGGCUUGCCCCUGUACGCUGGCGCUUCUGCCGAUCCGCUUGUCCUCACCUGUGUGACUGAGAUCCCGAAGGGCACGCGCGCGAAGCUCGAGCUGAGCAAGGAGGAGCCGUACAACCCCAUCAAGCAGGACAUUUUCAAAAGCAAGGAGGGGCAUCCGCUGCGGUACUUCUCGUACGGCGACAUGCCUUUCAACUACGGAUUCCUGCCCCGCACCUGGGAGGAUCCGGUGCACAUCGACCCGAACACCAAGUGCAGCGGCGACGGCGACCCCGUCGACGUCGUACACAUCGGCACGCCGCAUCGCGUGGGCACCUACGGACCAGUGCGUAUCCUCGGUGUGCUCGGUCUCAUUGAUGAGGGCGAGACCGACUGGAAGAUCAUCGUCGAGUCUGUGUCGGCGACGGCGGGCGAGGGCUACGGGACGCUGUCGAAGGUGCCGCAGGAGUUGCAAGCGACCAUCAUCGACUGGUUCGAGAACUAUAAGGUGCCGGACGGCAAGAAGAGGAACGAGUUUGCCUUUAACAAGGCGAUCAAGGAUGCCGAGACGGCGCUUAGCAUUGUCGCCCAGUGCGCCUCGCAGUACAACGCCUUGAUGGAAGGGAAGUGCGCCAACCCGGGCUAUUGGCUGCGGUAG